AUGAAAGAAUCCUUUCCCCUUGAGGUUGCAGAUUAUGCCAAGUUAAAGGCUAUUGAAGAUGAACCAGCAUUUGCAUGGUGGGUCCCACAUGUACACAAAAAGCAAGCGCCAGCAGCACUGAAAUACAGCACUGUGGUAGCCCGAGAUUCUGUGCGAAUAUUACUCACCAUUGUAGCAUUGAAUGGUUUGGAUGUCCAGUGCGCUGACAUUCAAAAUGCUUUCCUCACCGCACCCAAUCUUGAAAAGUGUUACAUGAUUGUGGGCCCUGAAUUUGGAGACGAAGAGGGUAAAACAUUCAUUGUUAGGCGAGCAUUAUAUGGUUUGGAAUCUGCUGCGUUAGCAUUCAGGUCCCACCUUGCAGAGACAUUGGAGAACUUGGGAUUUUACUCAUCAUAUGCUGAUCCCGAUGUUUGGAUGGGAGCAGCUAUCAAAGCAGAUGGGGAAGAAUACUACGAAUAUAUUUUGUGUUAUGUUGAUGACAUCUUGUGCAUGUCUGAAAACGCUAAAGAUGUUAUGGAACAGAUAAGCUACAAAUUCAAGUUCAAGAAGGACAAGAUUGAACAGCCUGAAAGCUACCUUGGAGCGGGUGUCAAAAGAAAGGUUUUAGACGGUCAGCACAUGUGGACUAUGUCCAGUUGUGACUAUGUUACAGCUGCUGUCAAAGCAACCCUGAAAGACAAUCAGAGGUGGAACUUACCAAAGAAAGCCGUCACUCCAAUGAAUAGCGAUUAUACACCAGAGCUAGGCGUUUCAAGUGAGUUAAACGCAUAUGACCACACAUACUUUCAAGAAUUGAUUGGGGUCUGGUGGGCCACGGAGAUCGGACGCGUUGAUAUUCUGCUGGGAGUUUCUCUUUUGAGUCAAUACCAGGCAGGGCCAAGGGAAGGACAUAUGGAACAAUUGUUGCGGAUUUUUCCUACUGAAUUGAUGGAUAUUCUGGCACGACGACCCAAAUAUGUUUCGCCAAAAGAAAUGGCGCAUAUUGUGGGGGUCAUCAGAUCCGCGUCUGAAAUUGCGCCUUGGGGUACGUUUCUGAGUUUUAAUCUCCAGAACGCGUUGGCUUCUGCUACUCGCAACGCAUAUUCUACUGGCAGGACUUGGUGGACACGCUCUUGGAUAUAUCUUUCCAAUAUUGCAAUUGCCACAAUUCAUCAGCUUCUGGAGACUCUACUGCUUCUGGAAAGCUGUCCUUUGUGGUCUAGACCCAUUGCACUUUAUUUGGAACGUGAUCCCACACACAGAGUCUAUUCUGAUGCAAGUUAUGCCGGGAUUGGUGGAUGGAGUUCUGAUUUUGGCUUCCUCUGGCGAAUCUGCCGUGAUGUCUUGGCACGAGCGGGUUUUGAUAUGAAGCCGAUUGAUAUUGUGUCUUUGGAGCCUUCAGACAUCGCUCAUGGGGGUCUACACAUCAACCCUUUGGAGUUUCUUGGUGCUUUGCUAAAUUUAUGGAUUACCAUCAAGCUUGUGAUGAAAGCCGGUCCCCGCGCUGGUGGAUACAUCAUUGAUCUUCUCGCAGAUAAUAUAACAGCGCUUUCUUGGAUGUCACUUGCAUCGCGAACCAAAAAUCCUUUGUUACAAGGCUUGGCUCGACUUGGUGCUGCUUUGCUUGUUUGUGCUGCAGAAUUACUAACAAAAGUUGCUCCUAAACAUUUCCCUGGUGAUCAGAACGUGGUGGCAGAUGCAUUGAGCCGUCCGCCAACACGGGCGUCUCCCAAUCAGAAUGUGUUGGAUUGCGUUAUCGCUCAAUGGUCCCAAUUGGACAAGUGUCGCAUCUGUCUUCUACCUUUCAAACUACUCUCUGAGAUUGCAUUGGUACAAGGUUCUAACGACCAAUCUUUUGACUCUUGA